AUGAGAUUUUUCGUCUCAUUGCUGAAGUAUCUUCUCAUCAUUUCCGUUGUUGCGAUGGGAGCUUCUUCUAAGCAGGAUCGAUUGAAGGAUGUAAAGGUUAAGCCUCCUGAUAAAGGAGCGGUGGGUCGAUUUGUGCGAACUGAGGUCGAUUUAAGCGAUGUUAUUCCUCCUGGGGUUGUCGAUCAGUCUUCGUCUACUAUCUACCGUGCCCGACGAAAGCCAAGUGCUACUGGAGCUAUUGUGUCGAGAAUUGGGAAAGCAGAGUGGAAAUUGGAGGGUUUGCAUAAAGCUAGGAAACCUAAUCGGGGCGAUUCUCUUCUCAGAACUCCUAUGGAUGCUGAGGAUUACUAUGUGGAUGAUGUUACAGAAGAAGAGAGGGAGGAUGUAUCAGAAUCUGAUGGUGUGUGGGAAUCCGAUUCCAGUGCUUCUAGGGUUGCUGGUCAAGCUUCGAUCAAGGAUUCUAGUUCCAAUGUUAUGGAUGAAGUUACCAAGGAUUUGCCUCCGAUCAUUCAUGAGGAUUCUAUUCCUUCAGUUUAUGGGAAUGAUGAUUCUAUCUGUUUGGCUGUUAUAAAUGGGAAAAAUGUUGCUGUCAAGAGUGAUAUUCAAGAUGUGAUUGAUAAAGAUGGUGAGGGGUACACUAUGGUCACGAAAAAAGCUAGAAAUGCAGGGACCGCUACUGUGAAGGGGUAUAGUAGAGGUGAUAUUCAGCCCCAAUGUUUCUGGAAGCAAAGAAGUCAUAGUGGGAAUUGGAAUAAGGGGACUGUUAGCCAAUGGAAUCAUCAAAAGAACCAGGAGUUUGUUGCUGCAAAUAAUAAAUCUUUCAUUGUAAAUAAGCAGGGGCAUAAUGGGAAAGAGAGUGUGGAUUCUGGGAAAAAAGAGGAAAAAGUGAAGAAGGGAAAGGGUUUGAAGGGUAGCCAAAGGGAGAACAGUUUUGGUAAUACAGUGAAUUGGUUUGCUGAAAGAUUCUACAGUUACUCAGAGAAGGCGUCUCGUGUAGCGAAAUGUUGCUUAUGUGGUGGCAAUACCGGUGCUUUUAGGAAGUCAACUAAUGGUCAAUGGGUCCAUGCCUUCUGUGCUGAGGCCGAGACUCAAAAACAUGGAGUUGAAGAAUGGAAUUCUCUGAAGAAAGUCAGGGUUGAAUUGGAGAGAUUACGCCUCAUCUGUGAAAGAAUUAUCAAACGUGAGAAAUUGAAGGUAAUGAUUAAAAUUUGGGUGAAUGGUGUUGAAGGCCAAAAAAUAGAGGGUCAAAGUGCAACAUUUAGUGCAAAAAUUGCAGAAACAGUGGAUGGAGGUGCUAAAUAG